AGUUGCGUCGCGUCUUCCUCCCCGCCGCCGCCUUCCUUGAACCUGUCUCCAUUAACUCCUCCAUGUCUCCAUUGUCUCCCUCCACACUAACAUCCACUAUUAUCGGAUCGCAAGAAUCCACAGCCCGGCCAUGGCCGCCGCCGCGCCGCAGCUGGAGGAACUCGUCGACCUCGAGCCCUUCUCUCCGUCGCUCUUCCUCGACCUGCCCCCGACGCCGCACAGCGACGACCCCAACGAUGACGAUCUCAUCCUCCCCUUCAUCUCUCGCAUGCUCAUGGAGGACGACAUCGACGACAAGUUCUUCUACCAGUUUCCCGACCACCCUGCUCUCCUCCACGCCCAGCAGCCCUACGCCCAAAUCCUCGACGCCCCAUCCGACGACACCACCACCAACUCCUCCGACGACUCCGCCUCCGCCACCACCAACAACACAACCAACUCCGCCGCCGCCGCCAACGCCUCCUGGCCCUACGACCCCAUCGAGCUCUCUCAGCUGCUCCAAUCCCCGCCCCACCCCGUCUCCGACAACCACGACGCCGACGUCGGCGACACCAGGAGCGCGCCGGAAGACGACAAAGACCUGAAACUUCUGUUCUCCGCCGCCGACAACAUGGAGAUGCUCAACAUGGCGUUCCUCAAGGGCAGGGAGGAGGCCAACAAGUUGGUGCCCACCAACAACACCCUCUUCGCCGGCUUCGACGGCGCCUCGCUGCUCAAGACGGAGCCGGCGGUGGAUGAGCCCACGUUAAUGUUCGGACGAAGCGGCGGCAGCGGCAGGGGCCGGAAGAACAGGCACGGCGAGGAGGACGACCUGGAGGCGGAGACCGGCAGGAGCAGCAAGCUGAUGGUGCCACCGCAAGAGGCCACCGCGGCCGCCAGCGAGAUGUUCGACGAAAUAAUGUUCAACUGGUACGAGGUGAUCAUGAAAGGGAUGGAGGAGCUGCGCGUCGCCAUGGACAGCGAGGCCGAGAAGAAGGCCCGGAACGGCGGCGGGGCCGGCCGGAGGGCGGCGCGCGCAAAGGCGGCGGUGGUCGACCUACACACCCUGCUCAUCCACUGCGCGCAGGCGGUGGCGACGAGCGACCGGCGGAGCGCCACCGAGCUGCUGAAGCAGAUCAAGCAGAACUCGUCGGCGAGAGGGGACGCGACGCAGAGGCUGGCGUGCUGCUUCGCCGAGGGGCUGGAGGCGCGGCUCGCCGGCACGGGGAGCCAGGUGUACAAGUCGCUCGUUGCGAAGUGCACGUCGACGGUGGACUUCCUCAAGGCGUACAAGCUGUUCGCGGCGGCCUGCUGCAUCAAGAAGGUGAGCUUCAUCUUCUCCAACAAGACCAUCCUGGACGCCGUGGCGGGGAAGCGCAAGCUGCACAUCGUGGACUACGGCCUCAGCUACGGAUUCCAGUGGCCAGGUCUGUUCAAGUGUCUGUCGGAGAGGGAAGGCGGGCCGCCGGAGGUGAGGAUUACGGGCAUCGACUUCCCGCAGCCGGGGUUCCGGCCAGCCGACCAGAUCGAGGAGACAGGCCGGCGGCUGAGCAACUGCGCGCGCCAAUUCGGCGUGCCAUUCAGGUUCCAAGCCAUUGCUGCAAAGUGGGAGACGGUCCGCCGCGAGGACCUCCACCUCGACCGAGAAGAAGAAGAAGAAGAAGAAGAAGAGGUGCUCGUGGUGAACUGCCUCCACUUCUUGAACGCCCUGCAGGACGAGAGCGUGGUUGUGGACAGCCCGAGCCCCAGAGACAUGGUGCUCAACAACAUCCGCGACAUGAGGCCUCACGUGUUCGUCCAGUGCGUCGUCAAUGGCGCGUACGGCGCGCCCUUCUUCCUGACGCGCUUCAGGGAGACGCUCUUCUUCUACUCGUCGCAGUUCGACAUGCUGGACGCCACCAUCCCGCGCGACAACGACGAGCGGCUGCUCAUCGAGCGGGACAUAUUGGGGCGCUGGGCCCUCAACGUCAUCGCCUGCGAGGGCGCAGACAGGGUGGAUCGCCCGGAGACGUACAAGCAGUGGCUGGUGCGCAACCACCGGGCCGGCCUCACGCAGCUGCCAUUGCAGCCUCAGGUGGUUGAGCUUGUGAGAGACAAGGUCAAAAAACUCUAUCACAAAGACUUCGUCAUCGACGUCGAUCACAAUUGGCUGCUGCAGGGAUGGAAGGGGCGGAUACUGUACGCCAUGUCCACAUGGGUAGCUGAUCGUGAUCACAAAUCCCUCUUUUAGUUCAAGAUUUAAUUAUCUGCUUCAAUUACUUACAAAUUGAGAACUAGAUAUAUACUCCUACAUGAUAUAAUAUCUUCAUUUGCAAUGUA